AACACAACGCCUGAGUCGUGCUGGUCGUGUUGCUACAGCGCGCCAAAAUAACCUUUCUUACCGGUCGAAUUACUUACUUGAUUUCAAGUUUCAAAGAAAGUCAAAUAUUGGUGAUUACUGGCCCCGCUGUUCCAGACUGACAUACAUGCAGAGGUCUCGGCUGGUCUGCUAUUUCUGUUUCUGUCUUCGCUAAGUGUGGUGAAUGUUUCUUUUAUGUGUGUUUGGUUUGUUUGUGCUUUCAGCACACCCAAUCACAUCACUAACAACACUUCAUCAUUGUAAUUUAAAAAUCAAGAAAUGAGACGAAGGUCGACUAUUGCCCCUGUUAGAGAGGAUGAAGUGCUGAGUUCUGCCCCAGCCUUAAAACCUUCUCGACAUUCAUUUGUGCCCCGCCAGCUCACCUUUGACAAGAAUAAAACAGCGGGUUUGAAACAGGUGAAAGGGACUGGCAGUUUUAGAGGCAGCACUUCUAAACGUCUGAGUCGCAUUGGCAUAUCAAAUGAAUCCGUGAAUGAUGCAUCAAUACUUGCUCAAACUAUUUCAGAGGACGACAGCACUGUUGUUCACCCAAAGGCUGUGUUUUCAAAUUUGCCACCUACUGCAGCUUGUUCAAGAGCCAACCAAGUUCCAAGUGAUUUUAGUAGUACCUCAAGUUUCAGUCCAAAAUCAAAGGAAUCUCACAUAACUUUAGAAGAGAAUUCUACUAUCACAAAUAAAACAGCCCUGUGUCCUGGAACGUCACAAAGUGCUUCCUCAGGAGCAAAGGCAGUGAACAGAUUAAGGUCAAUGGACAAGACUAAGCCGAGUACCAUUGAAGCAAAAACUCAGAAUUCAGUUACAAAGUUCAAUACAAGUGAAUCAAAAAUUCCCAAACCAAAAAUAUUUUCUGCAUCCAAACCAUUGACUCCUGAGAGUCAAUUUAAUUCCACAGCUGCUUUUGAAGAAGUUGAAAUUGCUGCAUUAACAUCUACACCUCACCCUGAACGAUCAAUUAGGAGGCCGCUUUUAAUGUCUUCUAGUAAUGAUGAAGUGCAGUUGUUCCUCUCUGAACAAAGAAGUGUAAUGCAAGCUAUCAAGCUGACAUUUCAAAAGAUGAAUUCUGUUUUGGAUUCCCAACUACAGGUUAAUUUAGAAACUGUUGGAUUGUUGAAAGAAAUCAGGAAGGGCCAAUGUAAUUUCCAAUUCAAUUCAAUGCUAAAUCCCACAUCAAAGUCUACUGAAAAUGCUGACUUUGGCGUUUCAUGUUCUGAGAAGAUAUCCCUAUGCCCCAAUAAUUUGGAAUUUGAGAAGUUGUCUUUCAAAAAGCUGUCACCCUGCAAGGAGGACGACAAAGAAAAUGUUGCAUUAUCUUUCAAACCUGAUUCCUUGUACCGUGACAUGAAAUCACAGCUUGGUUGCUUAAAGACUCCUACUGUUCUAAGGAGAGCUAAACCCAUGAGUGUGGAGACUCCUAAUACUUACCUCUCCAACACUUUGCACCAUCAACUGGAGAGCUUGUUUGAGGAUAAUGUUAUUCAAGAAUAAUAUGUUAUGUUUUUUUUGCAAGAUGUCUGUUUCUUUCUGAUUUUUUUAAAAUUUUUAUUGUACUACAAUUAUGGUUCUUAGUAAUAAAAUUGUGAUAUUUUUUACAAAGUAA